AGCUCAUUCAUUCUCUCCAUUUACAAUGACACCAGGGCCCCUAGGAAAUGGCAGCAUGUCCUCUACCUUCUUGCUGAGUGGCAUCCCUGGGCUGGAGCACAUGCACAUCUGGAUCUCCCUCCCACUGUGCCUCAUGUAUCUGGUUUCCAUCCUGGGCAACUGCACAAUUCUUUUUAUCAUUAAGACAGAGCCCUCCCUCCAUGAGCCUAUGUACCUCUUCCUGUCCAUGCUGGCUCUGACUGACCUGGGUCUGUCUCUUUGCACCCUCCCUACAGUGCUGGGAAUCUUUUGGGUAGGGGCACGAGACAUUGGUCAUGAUGCUUGCUUUACCCAGCUCUUUUUCAUCCACUGUUUGUCCUUCUUGGAAUCCUCUGUGCUGCUCUCUAUGGCCUUUGAUCGUUUUGUGGCCAUCUGUCGUCCUUUGCACUAUGCUUCCAUUCUCACUCACACGGUGAUUGGCAAAAUAGGCCUGGCCUCUUUGGGCCGUAGUGUUGCACUCAUUUUCCCAUUGCCCUUUAUGCUCAAACGAUUUCCUUAUUGUGGCUCCCUAGUCCUCUCACAUUCCUAUUGUCUCCACCAAGAAGUGAUGAAAUUGGCCUGUGCAGACAUCAAGGCCAACAGCAUCUAUGGCAUGUUUGUCAUUGUUUCCACAGUGGGGGUGGACUCCCUGCUCAUCCUUUUCUCCUAUGCACUCAUCUUGCGCACUGUGUUGUCCAUUGCCUCCCGGGCUGAGAGACUCAAAGCUCUCAACACAUGUGUUUCACACAUCUGUGCUGUGCUUUUGUUCUAUACUCCUAUGAUUGGCUUGUCAGUAAUCCACCGUUUUGGGAAGCAGGCACCCCAUCUGGUGCAAGUGGUCAUGGGCUUUGUGUACCUUCUUUUUCCUCCUGUGAUGAACCCCAUUGUCUACAGUGUCAAGACCAAACAGAUCCGAGAUAGGGUAACUCAUGCCUUUUGUAACUAG